AUGGUAGCCCACGGUGACAUGAUGAUGGACAUGACCAUGGCCACAGCAACAUCCACAGGAGCCAUGAGCUCGAGUACUGCAUCACACUCGAUGGACAUGGGAGGUAUGCACGGCGGCUCAAACAGCUGCAAGAUCUCAAUGUUAUGGAACUGGACCGUCAAAGACGCCUGUAAGGACUACUCCUCCAAGACGAAAAAGAAGCCCUAA